AUGGUUUACUGGUUCGAGCGUCCUUUCCCGUUAGUACCUACGCCGUUCGCUGCACUACCAGAAGGGGAGAAGCAGAAUGUAUGUAAUGAGGCCGCAACAGAGAUGGCACUUGCCCAUAACGUUCUCAUCAGGGGUCUCAAUUCUAUUUAUCACCAAGCGCCUUACGUGAACCCUGAGGAUGUGCAAGACUUCUUGGGUUACGCGAAAAAUUUCGUAAACGUAUUAACAGUACACCACGAUAGUGAGGAGGAUUCAUUUUUCCCCGAGUGCGAAAGAAUGGCUGGACAGGCCGGGAUCAUGCAGAACAACGUCGACCAACACCAGGGAUUCCAUGACGGACUCAUCAGGUUACAGGAAUACCUCACAAGGGCUCUAGCAGGCGAAGAGCCAUAUGACGGGCAUCGAAUUGUGCAGCUAAUCGAUGAUUUUGGGAAUGUCUUGGCCCAGCAUCUUGCUGAAGAAGUUCAAUGCCUGCUUGAUUUGCAAAGAUUUGGGCCAGAGAAAAUGAAAGGUCUCGCUGCUGCGCUGCAAGCUGAGGGUCAGUCAAAUAUCUGGAAGAUUGGUAUCACCGAGGGUAUCGUCUUCGCAUUCCUAGGACACGAUACUACUUGGGAGAACGGCUUAUGGGCACAUUUUCCACCUACGCCUCCAGGGCUGAAAACGCUCAUCAUGAAGGGUUUAUAUUACUGGCGCUCCGCAUGGUGGAAAUUCUCGCCAUGUGAUCAGAACUUCAUGCCGAAACCAGAGCCGUAUGCCCACGCUUGA